AUGAAACCAUCAACAGAAACCAAGGAUGAAAAGUCUGAGACAUUUUCCUAUGACAACUUUUUCCAUCGACAAAUAAUGAAAAAAAAGAAGGAUCAUUCUUACAGAGUUUUCAAGAAGGUAAAUCGUGAUGCUUUAAAUUUUCCUCAUGGUACUGAAUGCUCUUGGGGAGAAAAACCAAUAACAGUAUGGUGUGCUAAUGAUUAUUUGGGUAUGUCCUGUCAUCCAAAAGUAAAGGAAGCAGUUGGGAAAGCUUUAGAUCUUCACGGAGCAGGAGCCGGUGGCACUAGAAAUAUAUCGGGGAAUUCUCUAUUGCAUGAAAAAUUGGAAGCCGAGGUUGCUAAACUUCACAAAAAAGAAUCAGCUUUAAUUUUCUCAAGUUGUUUUGUAGCCAAUGAUUCGACACUUUUUACUCUUGGAAAAUCUAUACCUGGAUGUCAUAUUUUCUCUGAUGAAGGUAAUCAUGCAUCAAUGAUUCAAGGUAUUAGAAACAGCCGUGCCCCUAAACAUAUUUUUCGUCAUAAUGAUCCCUCACAUCUCCUUGAGCUUUUAAAAACAGUACCGAAAUCAACUCCAAAGAUUGUUGCUUUUGAAACUGUACAUUCGAUGACUGGAGCUAUCUGUCCAAUCAAAGAGUUGUGUGAUAUCUCUCAUGAAUAUGGUGCGCUGACAUUUGUUGAUGAAGUACAUGCUGUUGGAUUGUAUGGUGAACAUGGAGCUGGAGUAGGAGAACGAGACAAUGUAAUAGAUCAGAUGGAUAUGGUAUCAGGCACAUUAGGUAAAGCAUUUGGUAACAUUGGUGGUUAUAUUGCUGCAAACUCAAUUUUGAUUGAUAUGAUUAGGAGCUAUGCUGCAGGUUUUAUUUUUACAACUUCUCUUCCUCCUACAGUGUUAGCUGGUGCAUUACAAUCCAUUAAAAUUCUUUCCUCGGAAGAAGGAAAACAGCUUAGAAAAAUUCAUCAGGAAAAUGUUGCAUAUUUAAAAAAUCUCUUAAUUGAGCGGGGCUUUCCAGUAGAACCAACUCCAUCUCAUAUCAUUCCUAUUCGGAUCGGUGACCCUUAUGUGUGCUCUAAAAUAUCUGAUGAGCUCCUUAAAAAGAAAGGUCAUUAUAUCCAAGCUAUAAACUAUCCUACCGUUCCAAAAGGUGAAGAAAAACUUAGACUGGCCCCUACACCAUUCCAUACUGUACCUAUGAUGAAUGCAUUUGUUGACGAUUUUACUGAAGUAUGGCAUGAAAUGGGUCUUCAACAUGCUAAACCAUGCAAGUACUGCUGGAAACCAUUUGAUGUAUGUAAUCAGGACAGUUUUUAUUGUAAAAUGCCCAACUGUCCAUUGGUAUUAGCAAAUUAA